ACGUCCUAUGGCUGCGAGCACAUUGCCAUUUAUGUAGUAACCGCGAAACACACGUGUUCCAAAUUCGAACAGUUUUUAAUUUUAAAAUAUUCUGUGAUUGUGCCAGUGCCUUUUUAAAAAAUAAAUUAAACAAAAAUUACCUAAACAUGUUCUAAUAUAUACUUACAUAUUUUAAUGAUUUAUUGAUUUUAAUUAUUACAUUUUAACCGAAUUAUAUUGUGAUUGAAAAUUAUGAGAUAAAAAAAUUAGGACUAUAAAAUCCCGUGUGAGAUUUUAGUAAUUUUAUUUAAACUAAACUUCAUAACAGUAAAGUUUGGCGCCAAAAUACACAAAAAUGCCAAGAGCGAGCGUUCCACCAAUACUUCUAAUAUUCGUCUACCUGACCAGUUGCCUCCACGCUAGGUCCUACGUCCCGUCUCCAGAUGUCGGGAGAGCUGCUGGAUUCUUACCUGAUUGUCCCGGAGUCCUGAAGAAUGCCACGAUAAGCCGCAAGACACUACGACAUCUGCUGGUGGUCUCCCAUCAGCUGACUCUUAAAGGCCACAUAUCGAAGCGGUUCCCCAUACUGAACGCUCAACGGUUAGUAGCUGCUGAUAAAAACAUAGAUCUAAGAAAUAAGAAGACUGUCAUAUAUUGUCCUGGUUAUUUGGAGAGCUCCUACUAUCCACACACCCAGCUAAUGGCCAAGACCUACCUCAAGAAAGGUUACAACGUUUUCGUCUCUGAAACCUUCUACUUCCUCAGUUUUAUGUAUCCCAAAUCUGUACGUAUAGCAAGAGCAGUAGGAAGAGAACUCGGAGCAUUUCUUGCUAAACUAACUGAACAAGGAUUGGAACCUGAGAACCUUGAACUGGCAGGCAUAAGUCUUGGAGGACAGAUCAUCGGAUUCAUAGCAAAGGAAUUUUACAGAAUUACAGGCAAAAAGCCAUCAAGGCUCACCGCUUUAGAUCCAUCAGGGCCAUGUUUCAGAAACGUACCAGCAGAAUAUAGACUAAAUCCAUCUGAUGGUGAAAGAGUGGAUGUUAUUCACACAAAUAUUGAAGGGUAUGGUAACCCUGAGCGUCUAGGACAUAUUGAUUUUUAUGUGAAUGGUGGUGAAUACCAACCGGGUGACUUGAUAUUCAACGCUUGCACACAGGUAUGUAGUCAUGCGAAGUCUUUCUUAUACUGGUGGCAAGCUUUAGAAAACCCAAAGAAAUUUAUCGCUAUCCUGUGUGACACCGUUCAGGAUGCAAGAUUGGCGAAUUUCCGAGAGGAUAGCACUAUAAAUUACUUGGGUGCCGAAACGGAUUUUUCAAAACCGGGCAUAUAUUAUUUGGGCACGAAUGGAGAUUUCCCGUAUUAUAGGGGAGAAAUAGCGUUGAAGCCCGAAAAUGAGAUAUUCUCGUCUAGCGCUAAAGAAUAUAAUGUUGAUGACAAUCUUGUUGUAUAAAUGAUGUUUAUAGAGCUUAGGGUUAGUUGCACCUAUCAAUUUUGACGUUGUCUUUAACCUGCGCGCCGCUGAUGGUUAGACAAAAUAACGUACUUUAUGUUUUUCUGCGCCCGUUAAAAUUAACGUCAAAAUUGACUAGUGCAUUCGCUCUUAAUAAUACAAAUAAAGGUGACGAAUGUUGGCUGAGGCACAGGAAUGCAGUUUGCGUUCUUGGCACGAUUUCUCCGUGGUAUUAUUUAGAUUUUUAAGGAUAAAUACUGGAAAUGGUGAAUAAUCCGUUAAAAUUUCUUCUUAAAGGUCCUUCUCAAAAAUGGUAAUGUUUUUGAAUUUCAUUACUCUCAAAAGUACUUAAUCAUAAAGUCUCUUAUAGCUAUGAAAUGAUAUUACUUUUAAGUCAAAAUACGAUCUAGUUAAUUAUAUAGCAUAUUGUUUAGCCAUUAAAGUUUUAGAGUAAGUUUCACCAGUAAACUUUGACGUUAACUUUAACCUGUGCCGAACGCAAAGCCAUUUUAUGUAAACGUCAGCGGCGCGCUGGUUUUAGUUAACGCCAAAGGUUUUGACUUAAGAUUAAAUUAAUCGAAUAUGUGACUAAACUAAAGUUAAAAUUCUCUGUAACUUUUAUGUCGAUAUUGUAAUUUUUCAAAAAAGUCAUAUUUUUAAAUUGACAGAUAGACAUAUUUUAUUUUUGAUCUAGCAUAAUUUUUAUGUACCUACCAACUGUGAUUUAUGUAAAAGUAAAUACAUAUUAAAAAAAAACUUAGUUUAAACGAGAAUUAAAUAAAUAAUAACAUUUUCAUGUUCAAUAUCUUUUUUU